CUUUCGGACUCAUUUGCCUGAUUAUUCCAAGUUUCUUUUUUACCUUUUACGAAAAUCUUUUAAAUGAAAAACAAAAAAAUAAAUAAAUUCGAGGAUUAGCAUUGUGGAUUAAAAGUGAUUUGCCAGUAAAUGAACAAAAUUUGUACGCUCGGGUACGAGACAAGUACAAGAAAGGAAGGAAAAAAGUUUUUUGUGUGUGUAUUAGUGAAGAUAUUUUUGUAUAUUUUAUAAGGAAUUCCGUAAGCAAAGGAAGAAAUUAAAGAACUUCUUGCUGCCUCCUUUAAAAAAAAAGUUUCGCGACAAACAUUAAUUUUUUUUGUGUGUGCUGUGUAUUAAGACGGAAAGUGUGUAGUCUCUGUGCUGUGUAUUUCCCCAGAAAAGAGAAUUUUAUUUGAUUUGUUGUCUCGAAAUAUUUUUUUUUUCGUGGAACUGAAAAUGUUGUUUUGUAAAAAAUUGUGGCAACAACGUGAUUAAAAAAAAGUUCCAACGUGCGACUCAUCUUAAAGCUACCUUUGCUAAUUGGAUUUAAAUCUUGUGACGAUAUCUUGUCAAAAUAAUUGUGAACUAAUUGAAAUGUGCUUAAGUAGAUUAGAUUGUUAACUUUUUCCUACGACAGUAAAAAGCGUAUAAAGGCCAAUUCCUCUUCUUCUUGCAUCUUUUCCGACACGCCAAAGAAAUAAAAGCCAAAAACACAAGAACUGAAGAGAUAAAAAAGUCAACUUUAAUGAUCUACAAAUAGGGUCGUCUUCCGUAGAUUUGAUUAGGCAAACAAGAAAGUUUUUCGAAUAAUGUCAAAAAGUAUGGAUUCGAGAAGCAUUUUCAUCCUUUUGAUGCUCACAUCAACUCUAAUAGUGUUUAUAAAAGGAGAUAAAAAUUCAUCGUCGUUAAUAGCUGAAGCAACAUCAGCAACAUUGUCAUCAAUAACAGAGCAAACAGAAGUGCCAUCAACAGCAAUCAAUAAUCAAAAUGUGACAAACAACUUUACUUCCGUUAUGUCGGAAAUGACAACAAUAGAAUCUGCACUCAAUGCUAGUGAAAAUCAAUUAAAACUUUCUACAUCACAAUUUAACUUAAUUACGAGUACAAGUGAGCCCCUUGCGGAUGUCACAACGAAGACUAUAACGGAAGUCACUUCAUCAUCACAUGACGAGCUCAUUACGCAGCAGCAGCAACAACAAAGUAGCAGUAGUAUUGAGGAUGAGAUAAAUUCCGAGACAACUAUAAGUUUUGGGAUACGUUCAUUUACAGUUGAGGUUUCGAAAAACGAGAAACUUUUGUCAACAACUGCUGUGCCAAAAUCAACAAUACCAACAUCAUCAGCGGAUGCUGUAAAACAACAAACAGUAACAAUGGCUGAUGAAACUUUUAUGCCAACAUCUAGUGUCGAUGAAAAGAGUUUAGAGACAGCCACAAGCACAAUAGAGCCACAAAAUGCAAUUCAGUUCCAAAAUUCCCAUUCAUCAUCAUCAUCAUCAUCAUACAAUAUGGAGAAUGUCCUUAAAUCCAAUUUAAAUAUUUUGUUCAAUAAUGAUGAUGAUCCGGAACUGAGUUAUAAUAGGAAUAAUAAUAAUAAUAAUGAAAUGUCAAGUAGCCAUGAGAAUGAAAUAUCAAAUGAGAUCCAAAUCGAUAGGAAACUUGAGAACGGACUUUAUCGAAUUAAAAUUGGUGAAAUAACAACCGACGAAUUCAACAUUGGGUAUGAUGAUGAGCACAAAGAUAAAUUGCAUCGGCAAUUGACUAAAGUAAAUAUUGAUGACUUUUUCCCAUCAAAGAUAGAAGACUUCCGACCCAUCAUUGAAAUUUCCAAUGAGAAAAUGUUAAAGGAGAAGGAUGUAUUGCAUAAUGAGCAGGUCAAGCCAUUGGUCGAACUUUCAUUGAGUGAACCGACAAAUAUUGAUAGUGACGUAUCAUCGACUACAGCAAGAACUGGAACACGUAUUAAUACAUCAAAUGUGGCAACAACUAACAUUGAAAUUGAAUUAAUUGAUGACUCGACAGUUGGCAUUAAUGUAGAUCAAAACGAUAGGGGUAUUGAAAUUGAUGAGAUUAUCACUCAAGUGGAAGAGAUUGUAACCGAAGUGCCACAAGUGACGGAAAACAUUAACAUGGAUAAUGUUUUUAUACCAAGACGUAUGAAGAAAUUUGAUCCAUUGACAAAAAAUUUAUCGACAGAUACGCAAGGUCCAACACGCAUACAUGAUUUUGGCAUGACAAAGUUUAAUCAGAAGAAGGAGAAUUUGACACAAGCGCCGGUCAAUGGAAAGCCUGAAUAUUCAACAACAAAGUUUUACAACAGCAAGGAACUUUAUAAUGAAAUUUUGCACAAAGCAUCAAAGCCAGCCACAAUGUCACCGUCACAAAAGUCAACAGUCAAGCCAGACAAUUUAAUACGUGAGAAGCUAUUGAAUACAAAUAAAAUUCCAAUUGACAAUUCACACUUUGCCACAACAAUUGUCGAUAAUGUCAUGACGACUGCAACAUCUACCGUAACGGAGGAAGUGACAACAAAAGAAACCUCAAAACGACCGAUGUAUACCAUUCCAACAAGUCAUCCUCGACUGUUGUCUCGUCUCGAGGAGAAGCUAAAUUCCUUGGAUUGUGAUAUACAAAACUUAUCAGCUGAUUCGACAGUAUGGCGCGGCAAUGAGACACAUGAACUCAAUUUACCCAUCACUACACCUGAAGACUGCUCAUCUGGCACCGACUGUUUGCCAAUGAUCAUCUCAUGGGAAGGCUCAAGCGACAUUCAAUCCGGUGACGUUCUGAUUGUGGAAAUUGAUGAUAAACUUUUGAUAUCAACGGAUAAGAGAAAUAAAUCUGAUGAUGGAAUGAUUCAUCGCAAUACAGCAUCAGUUUAUCAAGUAACGCGCUUAGGACAUGAACAUUGUGAUAUAACUGAAGGUGAAUUGCUUGACAUAACGCCACUGGUUGUUGAUGGAAAGAAAUUAGUAACAUUAUACGAUAAAGAUUUAACAGAAGGAAUCAAUUUGUUAAUUGUUGUUUCUGAGCUAUGGGAUCAACAAUGCGUUCGCUUACGUGUCAAUGUUAAAUCUGAUAAUUGUGGAGAAAAUGCUGACUGCUCUGGUAAAGGAAUUUGCUUUUCAAAUGCUUCGAUGGAAUCAUUCUUCUGUGAGUGCUGUACGGGUUUUGCUGGACAACAUUGUGAGGAAAUAGAUGCUUGUACUCCAUCGCCUAAUGGACAAAAAACUGCUGUUUGCAUCAACAAUGGCAUUUGUGUCGAUUUGUCGCAGGGACAUGAGGGAAAUAGUUAUCAAUGUCUAUGUCCAUAUGGAUACACGGGCAAAAACUGUCAGUUUGAAGCCGACCCAUGCAAUCCAUCUCAAUGUCUCAAUAGCGGAACAUGCAUAAGCAACACAACACAUUUCAGAAAUGCAAACUCAACAUUUCCUUUUAGGUGUGAGUGCCCGCCUGGCUUUACUGGUCCGUUGUGUCAACAUAAUUUGAACGAAUGUGAAUCAUCGCCAUGCGUUCAUGGUAUAUGUGUUGAUCAGGAAGACGGCUUUAGAUGCUUCUGUCAACCAGGCUUUUCUGGUGAUUUAUGUAAUUUCGAAUACAAUGAAUGUGACUCAAAUCCAUGCGUGAACAAUGGGCAAUGUAUAGAUCAUAUUGGAGGAUUUUCAUGCCAAUGCACGAAAGGCUAUCAAGGAAAACGUUGCCAUAUAAAGAUUGAUUUUUGUGCCAACAAUCCUUGUGAGGAUGGCUACAGAUGUGUUGAUCAUGGUGAUGAAUAUUCAUGCGUCUGUCCUGGAUCAGAUGAUCAUAAUGUACCAGAUUGUCAUGACGUCCCACGCACUCUGUGCACUGUUAAUCCUUGUGCAAAUGGCGGAACAUGUUGGACUUCUAAUGAAUCGUUUUAUUGUGCAUGUCGACCUGGUUACACCGGAAAAUUGUGUGAAGAUGACUUUGUAAUUGACACGGUUGUAAGUUCAAGCGAGCUGUUGUCAGAUGUCUCAGACAAUAAUGUUAUUACAUGGGGUGAGCUCAAAGAUAUUACACAGGAUGCAAAUUCGACGGACAUCCACAAUGCCUAUAUUGCCGCUGGUAUUUUGGCAACAGCACUCUUAAUUCUUGCUAUUGUUGUCACAAUUUGUCACUGUAAAGUAAGCGGAAGCUAUCGAAGAUUCACAGUGAAUCAGCGUCAUCUAAUACCAUUUUUCAUGAGACGUAGCAAAAAGACAAACGAGGAUGAGCACAGUAAGCACUGGUUAAGUGGAAAGAACUCAUCAUUUUUCGAGGAAAAUCACAUAAAUUUAAAGAAUAAUCAACAACCUCAUCACAACCAAUGUCCGAGUAAUAAUCUCUUUAGUCGACCACUCCAAAUGAACUUGGAGAACGAUAUGUAUUAUACAGUUGAUUUUAGUGAGUCACAGCAGUCGCCAUUAAUACAGUGAGUGCAGUAAAUAUAAGAGGUAGUGGAUAGAACAGUAAUAAAAACAAUAGGAAAUAAUACAAAAAAUAAUUAUUUGAAUAUGAAAUGUAAAAAAAAUUAUAUUUCUCAUAAACUUCUAAUCUCUAUGACAAUUAAAUGAUGAUAAACUCUAAGAGACAUAAAAAACCUGUUGAUAAGAAAGUAAAAUAAUGAUAAAUUAAUUAAAGUUGAGUUUUUAUCUAAUCUGAUUUUUAAUUUAAUAUUAUUUCUUGCGUUUCUUUACUGAAAAUGGUGCCAAUUUAAAUUUAUGCGAUAAAAAAAUUUAUAAAUGAACAUAGAUGACAAUUUUUAGCUGAAAUGAUAGUGACUAGCAUCGUAUGAACACAAAAAUAAUUUUUCCCAUAACAAUAAUUUAAAUUUUUCUUAUGCUGGAAUUGAACAGAAAUGACAAUGAAUUAAAAAUAUAGAAAAAACAAAUCUUUCAAUUCAAAAGCUUUUCUAUCACAAUUUUCUCGCAUUCUUACAUAAAAUAGAAGAAACUUUCUCUUUAAAUAAUCAAAGCGUUAACAGCUAAAACUACCGACAUAAAACACUAGUUUCACAAAAUAAACAAUUCAUA